AUGCCCUGGACCAGACCCCAGGUGGACCUUAAUGCGGGGGGAGCAGAGGCCAUGGACCAGUUGAACAUAGACGACCAUCACUACGAGGGCUCCCUCUUCCCCACCUCCACCCUCAUCCCUGUCACCGUCAUCUGCAUCCUCAUCUUCAUCAUCGGGGUUACCGGCAACACAAUGACCAUCCUCAUCAUCCAGCACUUCAAGGACAUGAAGACAACCACCAACCUCUACCUGUCCAGCAUGGCGGUGUCCGACCUCAUCAUCUUCCUCUGCCUGCCCUUUGACCUUUACCGUCUGUGGAAGUACGUGCCCUGGCUUUUCGGGGAGGUGGUGUGCCGCUUCUAUCACUACAUCUUCGAAGGCUGCACCUCGGCCACCAUCCUGCACAUCACGGCCCUGAGCAUCGAGCGCUACCUGGCCAUCAGUUUCCCCCUCAGGAGCAAGGUGUCCCGACGCAGGGUCCAGUACAUCAUCUUCGCCCUGUGGGUCUUUGCCCUGGUGUCCGCCGCUCCAACGCUCUUCCUCGUUGGGGUGGAGUAUGACAACGACACACACCCGGACUACAACACAGGGCAGUGCAAGCACAGCAACUAUGCCAUCAGUUCUGGGCAGCUGCACAUCAUGCUCUGGGUGUCCACCACCUACUUUUUCUGCCCCAUGCUCUGCCUCAUCUUCCUCUAUGGCUCCAUCGGAUGCAAGUUGUGGAAAAGCCAAAUGGACCUGCAAGGCCCCUGCGCUUUGGCCCGAGAGCGGUCUCACAGGCAAACAGUCAAGAUCCUGGUGGUGGUGGUGCUGGCCUUCAUCAUCUGCUGGCUGCCCUAUCACAUUGGCAGGAACCUGUUUGCCCAGGUGGACGACUACGAGACGGCCAUGUUGAGCCAGAACUUCAACAUGGCCUCCAUGGUGCUGUGCUACCUCAGCGCCUCCAUCAACCCCGUCGUCUACAACCUCAUGUCCCGGAAGUACCGGGCCGCGGCCAAACGCCUGUUCCUGCUUCACCAGCGGCAAAUACAAGCCCGCCGCGGCCAGAGGGAGCUCAGCGUGAUCGACCACAUCUCCACCCUGAAUGAGAGCCUGACUGGGGUCUGA